AGAUCGUUGGAUAAAAUAUAUAUGAAUACGUGUACGAUUUUAUAAAAACAUAAUUAGUGAUAGAUUUACUAAAAUAAGUUGUAAUACCUUGAUGGAUUUAAUGACGCACAUAUGACGGAUAUGGAAUCAGCAACCCUGCGGCAGAGGUUGGAGGCAGCCGAAGGAGCACUCAAGCUGCAGACAAUCCGUUGCUGUCAACUAGUGACCGAGUACACCGGCAAGUUGCAGCGGAAAGAUGAACAACUUUGCUGCGAGCAGCAGCUGCGGGAAAGGCAGCUCUCCUAUGUUCUGCAGGCACUCCGUUUAUUCGAAGAACGUCUUCAACGUGAACAGAAGAGCAUACGUCAACUAUUGCUGGACAAAGACAACGUUAUCUCUUCUCAAAAAGGAGAAAUUCUCAAGUUAAGAUCCAUACCGGAAGAUCAAACAGAACUGGAUAAUAAAGGCAAGCAGUAUUGUGAUAACUGUCAGGUUAUGUUUGAUGCCCAAAAUGCCCUUAUGAGUAACUUGAAAGUCUCUGAAGUUGAAAUGACUACUACCGCCAGUUCUGGCGAGGAUUGCUCGACUCGAAGCGAAACUAGUGAUGUGAUUAGUGUGAAGAACUCAAAAGAUUUGACAAGAAAUGUUCGACGCAGCAAAAAAUAUUCAGCGCAACGCAAAAAUGGAGACGGAAGACGUCAAGACCCAAUUCCGCCAUUCAGUAGUUCCAGUGAUGAGCAAGAUGAUCGAAGUAUUAUAUCUAAAGAAGAAGAAGUUGGUUUCCGAAGACAACCAUCUUUCUCUAAUUGGGUUGACAGUUUACACGGAAUUAAGCAAACAAAAGCUGAACCAAGCUCUCCUACAACAGAAACUGUAAAAUCUCAAGAUACAAUAAUCGAAAACAAUAUUUCAUUGGAAGUGAACAUCACUAACAAUCAGGAAUCUUUGACCACUAAUGAUGAUACCAAAAUUGAUGAAAACUGGUACACAAAUACAAGCGACGCAGAAGAUAGUAAUAUACCAGAGAUAUAUAAAGAUAAUCCAGUAUUAGAAUGUGUUAACCAAAUUUUAUUGCAAAAUUCAAGAGAUGCCAAUUCAUCGGAAGAUUCUAGUCCAAAAUUAAGUUCUAAGCGUGUGCAAUUUGCCGCUCAAGAUACUAUAUUAAAACCACCACCAGCUCCUAAAGGAAUAAUUUCAAAUCACUCCAAAUCUUCAGAAAAUUCACCAAAAAGUCCCAAAAUGGUCAAGUUCAAUUUAGAAGCCAUACAUUCUGACAGAGAUUAUGAAUCACCAGCAGACUGCUUCAACUAUGAAAUCCAAAGCAUAUAUAGCAAUGAUUAUGAGGCAAUUAUCAAUAGAAACGCACAAUGUUCACUUAAAAAUAGUACAGAUAAGUUUGUUAAAUUGGAGAAGGAAAAUCAUCAUUAUGUUGAUAUGGACACAACCAAAUCAAAGCAAGAGAAAAUCAUUCCAAAGUUACCACCCGCACUUCCACCAAAACCGCCUAAUCUUAUAUCUAAAUAUAAAAUCCAUAAAAAUCUGGAAAGAACAAAAAUGAGCUCUGAUGUUGUUGAAUGUGUUCAACAAAUUAAUGAUGCUGUUUCUGAUAUACCUGAGCCUGACUACUGUUCAAUUUCUGAAAUAAGUGAACAAGUAGCCGUAGUGCCAUUGAUUAAACCAAAUAUGACCACACCACGUGUGAUAGAAGCACAAUUAUCAGUUCAAGAGCCAGAUAUACCAGUAGUCAAAGUGGCCCCUGUCACUAGACUGCAGACAAUAAAUUUAAAUCAUUUGCUAGAUUCUGCUGAUUCUGAGGAUUCUAGUUAUGUCAGCGUGGACGCAAUUAAGUUGCCUGAAGUUUCUGAAAUAAUAAUACCAAAGGAAGAUCGGUAUGAUCAUGAUAAUUAUAUAAAAAAUAAUUCGGCGCUUUUGAAAACAAGCAAAUCCAGUCAGGAUGAAAUCACAUGCAUUAUACCUGUAAUUAAUAAAUUAAAGCCAGAAAUAGUAAAUAAAACACCGAGUGAUAUUGUUAAUAACAAUGACAAUGCUUGUAAGAGCAAUGUUUUGCAUACAUUUGAAAAUUUGGAUCUUAGUCAAACAUUUGAAGAAUUCAAACUGGACGAAGACGAUAUUAAUGGAAUGGAAGUUGAAGAGUAUGUAAUAGAAGAUAAUCAAGAUUUUGUAUUUCACGAAAGUGAUGAAAAUGAGCAACCAAAUGCACCUGAUGAAAUUAUAGCAGAUAAGGUAGAAACAUUUUACAAUUUAUCAAAAAGCACAUUAUUAGCCACCCAAUUUAUGAGGUCUCAAUUAAUACCUGAUGAUUCUUUGGAGUUAAUGGAUACCGUGAUCAAGGAAAAAGAAGACUCAAUAAAAAGUAUGUCAGAAUCAGACAACGACAUUAUUGAACAUAAAAAUUUAAAUGGUUAUCCACAUCAUAUAAAUAAAAAUUAUGAGUCUUUUCUUGAAACAUCAGGAUUAAGUUCAAAAUCAAUUCAAAAUUUAUAUAAAGUAAAUAAUAUGCAUUUAAGAAUUGGUGGCAAACCAAUCAGUCCUAUGAAACCGGGAACAACAGUCAAAUAUUGGUCUGGACCGUACUUAUAAAAUAGUUUUAUAUAUAAAUAACUAUAUUUGUAAAUAUGAUUUAUUAGUAUAAUUUGCUACUGCGUAGGUAAAAAUCUGAAUAAAGUCGAUAUAUUCAAAUUAUUUAUUUGUAUUAUAUGUUUAAAUAAAAUGUAUAACAUAUGCUAUUGUUACAUAGAUGUAACUACAAUAUUGUAAUAAA